AUGCCAGACGACUUCGCCGCCUCCAUCAUCUACAUCGUUCUGGAGCUGCUGAUCGCCGCCUUCUCCGUGCUGGGCAAUGUGUUGGUCUGCUGGGCCGUCUGCCUCAACAGCAACCUGCAGAGCAUCACCAACUUCUUUGUAGUGUCGCUGGCGGCUGCCGACAUUGCCGUGGGCGUCCUGGCCAUCCCCUUUGCCAUUAUCAUCAGCACAGGCUUCUGCUCUAACUUCUAUGGAUGCCUCUUCAUCGCCUGCUUUGUGCUGGUGCUCACCCAGAGCUCCAUUUUCAGCCUGCUGGCCAUAGCAAUAGACCGCUACAUCGCCAUCAAGAUACCUCUCAGGUACAACAGUUUGGUAACAGGGCAACGGGCCAAGGGUAUCAUUGCCAUCUGCUGGGUGCUAUCCAUCAUCAUUGGUUUGACACCCAUGAUGGGCUGGCACAAAGUCUCUGAUAAAACUAAUAGCACGUGUCCCGCUGGCUUGAUGAAGUGCCUGUUUGAGGAAGUCGUGGUCAUGGAGUACAUGGUUUACUUUAACUUCUUUGCAUGUGUGCUGAUUCCCCUGCUGCUGAUGCUGGCCAUCUACCUGUGCAUCUUCAUGGCAGCUCGCCACCAGCUGAAGCUGAUAGAACUGAAGGCUGUUCAUGGUGAAAAGUCCCGCUCCACACUGCAGAAGGAGGUCCAGGCUGCCAAGUCUCUGGCUAUCAUAGUCGGUUUGUUCGCUGUCUGCUGGCUGCCCUUACACAUUAUCAACUGCUUUACUCUGUUCUGUCCAGAGUGUGCGCGCCCCCCACCCUGGAUCAUGUAUGUCGCCAUCAUCCUCUCCCAUGCCAACUCCGUGAUCAACCCCUUCAUCUAUGCCUACCGCAUCCGGGAGUUUCGCCAAACCUUCCGCAAGAUAAUCCGGCGCCACAUCCUGGGCCGUCAGGAACUAUUGCAGGGCAGGGGUGGCAGCACGCGGACCUCCACCCACAACAGCAUCACCGACUCAAUCAGACUCGAGGCCGGCCGCCUCAGCUUUGAUCUCUUCACCGAGCACAGCAGCAGCAGCAGCAGCUGUGAGAGCUCCUACCCCGGACCCGGUCCCAUCAGUCAGCCAGGCAACAGUCUAGUGGCGGUACCCCACCUGCCCCUGUCUGUCAUCAUCCCCCACAGUCCUAGGGUUGGCCCAUGUCCGCAACAGGCCCCUACACACACACAAAUCCCCACUGACCAGCACGAACAGUACAGUGAACAGCAGCAUGCCUGCCGAGGGCCGCAGGUGGCAGAGGAAAAGGACAGGCAGAGUCUCUACUCCACCCGAGUCGCAUUAUUAUUCAACAAGCGCAACAGAAACACCUGUUUGAAUGAGCUAGCCAAAGGGUCCUGA